UAAGUUCGCCUCAAAAGUAAGAAAAAGAAAAACAUUCUUGAAUUUUAAACUUUGACUUUCAUUUUAAAUAUUUACAAACAAACCAAAGAGAGCAUUGAGGAUAUGAAGUGCUUCGAUUUUGUAAUUAAAUUUGAUGUUGAAUGAUUAUUUCUUUAUCAAUAAAAAAUUUCAAGCUAUUUUUUUGGAGGGGAAUUAGAAAAAGAUGUCUUCUAAUCACUGCAAGACUGUAGAAGUUGUGGAAUUCAAUGAGAGAUUUUGUGGUAGAAAAAAAAUAAAAAAUCAAAAAACAGUGCAUGAAGCUCCUCUCCUCAAAAAAGAUUCUGUUGAAAAAGGAGAAGAAGAAAACUGUAAAGUUUUCAACAUAAAGAGAGCACGUUAUGAGUUGAUGAGGUUUGCAGUAAAUGGCUUUCAAAAAGAAAGAAAGAAGCAAGACAAAAUAGCAAUGGCUAUAAGACUAGGAGCUAAACCUCCGAAAAAGGAAUAUAAAAAUUACAAGGAACUGAUGGCAGAGAAACUGAAAGCAAAGGAAGAAAAAGAGGUUGAACUGCCUAACAAGUAUACUAUACAAAAGCUUAAAGGUCGAAAAAAUACUAAGAAAAAUAGGAAGAAAAAAGAUCAGCCAUCAAGCUUGCUUUGAUAAAUGUUUUUUUUUUUUGUUUAAUAAAUGUUUUUUUUAUUUAAUAAGUGUAAAUUGCUUUUAUUUUAAUUAUUCAUUAUUUAAUCUACAUUCUUGUCCAAAAAAUGAUAAGAUUAACAUUUGUUUACAUCAUUUUCAUAGAUUUUUAAAUACUUUAUAAUCAUGUAGUUUUGUUUUAACGAUAAAUUUUUGUACAAUUAUAUAAUCACGAAUUUUUUUAUAAAAUGGAUGGAGAAAAUAAAUCCUUAUGCCAUCA